ACAGCUUCCUGUAGCAGGUUACUAGUGCUGGCUAGCCUAUUUGCGUUUUACCCGAACAGGUGAAUUAGAAAGAAAGAGCAGAUGUUUGUUUUUACAGAUGUUUGUUUUUAGCUGUAGCUGGUUUCCUGCUCCGUUGUCUCAAUGGGGGCGCAUUACUGUGCCAUAUGUAGGCAAACAACAUUCACUGGGAAGGGACAUAUCUUCGGGAAAAAUCACCAAAGCAGACUCAGAGUGGUUCUCCUCAAGUUUUUAGAAAAGGUGAAGGAAGCUCGACGAACACUUAAAAAACCCCAAAUAGAAAAGUUUGAUUGCACCCAGCACAAGCAGACAUUCUGGUGCUACUGCUGUGGGCUUGAGAUUGAAAGAAAUGUUACAGACGGCAAGAUGACUGUGCUGUACGGAGGCUUGUUAGAACACAUGGCCACCCCAGAACACCGGAAGAAUACUCACAAGUUCUGGUGGGAAAAUAAGGCCGACCCCAAGUUUCGAGACAAGGUCAUAAUCGCAGAGGAGGAAACUGAAAGGUUUAAAGCUGAAGUGGAAAAAGCAUUGGAAUCAUUUGUGGAGAAGGAAGAUGAAUUCAUAAAACAGCAAGCGGAUCAAAUCCGGGCCCACGAGAAGCAUCGUCAAGAGGUCCUUCAGUCUCUUUUAGAGCGGGACGCAGAGUCGGAGUCGUUCAAUGGACCCAAUGGCACGGACAUGUCUGCAGAGGAUGCUGUCAGCUCUCAGUUUACACCUCAGGGAUCUGACCAGCUGGUGGGGAGCGGCUUUGUCGACACAGUGGUUGAAGCACCGUGGGCUGCAGCAGGAAAAGGCCUGACUUUUAUAGGACAUCAGGAUUCAUCAAACAGUGGAAAUGUUCAUACAGGUGGCGUCCCUCCUUGGCUCCAGGACGAUCCUCUUGAGGGGACCUCGGGAGCUGCGGCACAUCCGCAGAUCGGCCCAUCGCUCCAAGACUUCCUCAAACAGAAGGAGCAAGAGAAGCUGAGGAAGCUUCCACCGAACAGAGUCGGGGCCAACUUUGAUCACAGCUCGCAUACAGACGCCAACUGGCUUCCCUCCUUUGGUAGAGUGUGGAACAGUGGCAGACGUUGGCAGUCCAGGCACCAGUUCAGACAAGAGGAAGGGCAGAAAAAAAGACCGAAGAGGAAGCGGGAACACGGAGCAGAGGGGUCAAAGAAAGCAAAAACAACUGAACAGCUGACAAACUCUGACAACACUUAAACUGAGUGUGUGAGAAUUCACGAGUGAAGGGAUGUAUAUAGUUUGCAAGAUGUGUUUUUACUAUGUUCUGGAUGACUGGACACUCUGCUGUCUGUGUUUUUUUUUGGUAAAAUUGUAUGUAACCUUCUUCCUAACAUGGAGUUUGCAGUUAAGAUAUUAACUUAGUAUAUUAAGCAGUACUAGUGGCAGUAUUGGAUCUAUUUAUGUUAUAACUUCACCUUGGAUAAUUGCCUUGUUGUAUUAAAACUCCAUGGACCAACUUCACAACACCUUUUGCUCCAUUUAAGCGAACUGGAAAUCGGCUUCAAUCAAAGGUAUCGGAGAGGCGAGCCUCAUUGACGUACUUUUCCUGCCCAGAUUCCUCCAGCAAGUCUGUGAUUCAGAUCAAGUUACGUUGAGAACAACAUCACUGUUCUGGCAAAUAAACAGCAGAGGGCGCAAGCCACUCAACUAACCAAGGCAUCUGCUGGGUGGUAACAUGGUAAAACCAUUUACUAUAUUUAUCAGUUUUUAAGGAUGUGUAUUUCUUUAUUUGUUAUGUGGCAAAAACAACACUUCAGUAAGUGAGUAAUGUUUAUUUUGUAGCCAAGUGUAUUUUUUUUCUCACUCAAAUUCCCAUUAAGAUUAUUUGGUAAGCAACUCUAUAAUUAGUGUAACGAGAAUAGCAGUUCUGUGUUUCUAAGACCUCAGACAAUAAAUCCUAAAUACCUUUACCUUUACCC